AUGAAUCUACUUUUGAGUAUUUGGGCUUUUGGAGAGAUCUUCACUGCUUCCACGCCCAAUGGAACUUUUCGAACAUUCGAAAAUCACGGUAACAAGCACACCCGAGUAUUGCCGACGUGGCUCGAGAUCGACAACAAGGUCUUUCAAUUCUGGGGGCCCAGUUUCAUCACAUGA